AAGAGCUCGUGCUAUACCGGUGCGAAAGCGCUCGCGUCUCAUUGACAUCAUUCGCAUCAUCCCGCUGAUGCGUGUCGCGGGAUGGAUGGAGAACACAGUCUCCGCAAAAUAAAACAGACCAACGAGGCGCUUCAAACCCUUUCAUCUGCACACAGGCAGCAGACGUUAGUAUUUUGAAGACUUACUCUUUAUAUUACCACGAUGUUCGGUUCUUGAACAACAUUUGGUUAUGCAUGUAUUUUGUUUUGUAUGCAUUUUGUACUUUUUUUUUACAACUUAGUGAGAGAGCGAGUUUGAUGCGAAGACUUGGAUGUCACACUUUUUACCAUAUCAACAUGUGGCAUGGUUUUUUUUGGGCUGGAUCCCACACGAACGUCCUGGAAGAACACUUGGAAAGGAGAUCAUGAUUCACACUAACUGCAUGAAGAAUUUCCUUGUGUUAAAAUGAAUGAUAAACCCAAUAAAUGGAUUUUCAUCCCAAUUUUAGCCAUUCUUUUUGUUAUGAUUGGGUACCAGUAUAUUUGUCCGGCAGGGGGUCAGGCAUGCCAUUUCAGGACAGGAGACAAACUCGUUAGGAUCGGUCCCCCAGCCACUCCAGACCCGACCACCGAUGACCUGUACCGGGAGCAGGACCCGGAGGAAGACAGCCCACCUAAAUGUGCGUCCAAAUUCAACUUCACAGAGCGCGAUCUGACACGCGAUGUCGAUUUCAACAUCAAGGGAGAUGAUGUGAUUGUGUUUCUGCAUAUUCAGAAGACAGGCGGGACCACCUUUGGCAGGCACUUGGUCAGGAAUAUUCGCUUGGAGCAGCCGUGCGACUGCAAAGCGGGACAGAAGAAAUGCACGUGCCACCGGCCGGGGAAGCAGGAGUCCUGGCUCUUCUCGAGGUUCUCCACGGGUUGGAGUUGCGGUUUGCACGCAGACUGGACUGAACUGACCAACUGCGUACCUGUGAUUAUGGACAAAAUGCAGUCUCCAAAGCACAAGAGGAACUUCUACUAUAUCACCAUGCUGCGAGAUCCUGUGUCACGUUACCUGAGUGAAUGGAAGCAUGUGCAGCGUGGCGCCACCUGGAAGACUUCCCUUCACAUGUGUGACGGCCGCUCGCCCACACAGGAUGAGCUGCCCACCUGUUAUAUCGGAGAUGACUGGUCAGGGGUCACACUGCACGAGUUCAUGGACUGCCCUUCAAACCUGGCCAACAACCGGCAGGUGCGCAUGCUGGCUGAUCUCAGCCUGGUGGGCUGCUACAACCUCUCCACCAUGAACGAGAGCGAACGCAACCCCAUUCUCCUGGCUAGUGCCAAGAGUAACCUGAAGAACAUGGCCUUCUACGGCCUGACAGAGUUCCAGCGCAAAACGCAGUACCUGUUCGAGCGCACUUUCCGUCUUCAGUUCAUUUCCGCCUUCACGCAGAUCAACAGCACGCGUGCCGCCAAUGUGGAGCUGCGUGACGACAUGCGCAGACGCAUUGAGCAACUGAAUUUCCUGGAUAUGCAGUUGUACGACUUUGCCAAGGAACUUUUCCUGCAGAGAUACCAGUUUAUCCGUCAGCGUGAGCGGCAGGAGGAGAGAUUGAAGAGGCGGGAAGAGAGACGCUGGCUCAGAGAGCGUCGAGUCAACCAGAGCAGACAGUCCAGUGUGGGAAACCAACCUCAGGUCCACACAACUGAAGACUAUGCCAGCCAAGUGGUCCAUUGGUGAUUCCUCUUGGAAACAUGAACUAGGAUACAGAGAACAUAAUGGCUCACUAGUGGAAGAGUGGGUCUUGGGUUCUUUCUUUCAGUUUAGCACUCUAAUAUGUUUCUUUUGUCAUGGGGCCUGUUGCACUGCAAAAAAACAUUGCCUUGAGCAGUAUUUUUUACUUUUUUGGGGGGAAAAAUACAUAAAAUUACCUGAAAAGCAAAAAAACAUAUAGGCUAUAUAUAGCCUUAUUUGUAAUGGUACGCUUAAAUCAGCAAAAUUUUAACUUGAAUUUGAAGAUAAAAUACUGUUUAAAAGUGUGGGGUCAGUACUUUUUUUAUGGUUUUGAAAGAAAGCUUUUAUGCUCGCCAAUACCGCAUUUUUUAAAUCAAAAGCUACUGCAGUACAAUAAAAAAAAAAAAAAAAAAAAAAACUGUUUAUUUAAAUAUACAUUUAAUAUAUUUAAAAUGACUUUUAUUCUUGUGAUGUCACAGGAGUAUCACAUGAUCCUUCAGAAAUCAUUAUAAUAUGCUGAUUUGGUGACAAAACGUUACUCUAAAGGGUUACUCUACCCCAAAAUGAAAAUUUAGUCAUUAAUCACUUACCCACAUGUCGUUCCAAACGUAUAAAAGCUUUGUUCGUCUUCGGAACACAAUUUAAGAUAUUUUGGCUUGUGACCGUCCCAUU